GGGUGGCAAGGAGGGGUAGUUUGUUUUGAGCUAUAGUAUAGCUUCCUUCUGUUUAUUUUGUGAGUUUAUGUAGGAAAUGUAGCCUUUUUAACACAUAGAAUAUUGCCCCCAGGAGUAAGUCCAAUUCACCAGAAAGAAGUACUGUCAUACAAUAGGCAAAAUGAUUUCGUUCGAAGUUGGUGUCAUCUUGCCGUCAGCUGGAACAGGUGAACGGGUCGGAGCAUCGUCACCAAAACAAUACAUCGAAAUAAUGGGCAGGCCCCUUUUGCUGUACGCUCUGGAGGAGGUGUUGCGGCCGCCGUGGGUUCGUCGUGUCGCGCUGGUCGUGGACUCCCCGGAGAAAGUGCAGACGGUUCUGGACGGGUCCGGCAUCAAAGGUGCAGAUCGUGUGUCUGUUGUCAGAGGGGGCUGCAGCCGACACCGCUCCAUACGGAGUGGCCUGCAGGCACUCCAGAAAGCUGAGGCGGGUGUGCGCGUGGUGGUGGUGCACGAUGCAGUGCGCCCUCUGGUACCUGCGGAGCUGCUAGAGAGGCUGGUGGUACUGGCUGAGCACCACGGGGCGGCAGGUGCGACGCGGCCACUCACGUCAACUGUGGUGCGCGCGUCUCCGGACGCCGGUGGGACGCUGCUGCUGCAGGCCAGUCUCGACCGCGACUCUCACCUCGCGUCGGAGACCCCGCAGGCAUUCCGGACGGAGGUGCUGGCCACUGCUUACAACAAGAGCACGGAGGAUGAGCUGGAUCGUGGGACGGAGUGCCUCGCGCUGGUUCUGCGACACGCCGGUGUGCGGCCACGUCUCCUGGAGGGUCCGCCAGACCUCUGGAAGGUCACCCACAAGAGGGACGUGUACGCCGCUGCUGGCUGCCUCAGGGAGCGCAGCACACGCGUGUGCGUGGUGGCGGCGGCAGACACAGAGGCGGCACGGCUGCUCGCGGAGGAGCUGACCCCACGGGUGGGUGAGCUGGCGCGCAUCACGACGGGUAGCCUCCCGGAGCCCAGGGACUCCCCGCCCGGCACUCCGCCCGCCACAGCUGCGGCGGCACCGGCGGUCACCUCCACGUACAACACGGUGGUCUUUUUCCACGUGCACGAGAUCUCGCAGGACGGGCAGCUGCUCGACCUCGCCACGGUGCUCGAUGUUGAGAAGCAGGGUGUCAUCGUGCACGUGAUCGAGCACCCGGAGGGGGACGGCAUGCGUGGUGUGUCGGCACUGGAGCUGCACCGCUCGGGCCGCCACAUGGCGCGCCACCACGAGAAGUUGCGCAAGGCGGUCGUCGUGGUGCACUGGCUCUCUGCCGGCGAGGAGCGCGGACUCGCGCGUCUCGUCUCCGCCCUCGUCCUCUCCGAUGACCCGCGCGCAUUCUCGGGACAGACGCUGUUUCUCUGAGUGUCAUUCGGGAUAGAGAGGAGGAACAGGCAGAAAAAGAGAAGAUACAGGAAUUGGUUCUAUGUGAACUUGAUGAGAAAGUUGUGCAGGACACGUCAAUGAGGGAGACCCAUGACAGCAUAGUGAGGACGUGUGAAAAAAACCAAACUUUCUGAUACUUUUUCUGUAUUUGUUUUUGUAAUUUUAUUUUCAACUGUUCUUUUCUUAUAAAGGCUUUAAUGAAUAUCAAAACUUAUGAAUUUAGUUCUUUCAGAGAUGUUCGAAAGUUGAAAAACUUGCUGCUACAUAUUAUUUUGUAAACUUUGUUAAGAGCAUACUUAUUAUCGCAUUUCAUGAUACACAUUUAUACAAUA